AUCACGUGAUAUCACGGUAUAUGUAUCUGGGGUUGUACAGGUUAUCCGAUUGCAUCGAACGAUCGCUCUCCCGGCAGUCCCGGCUCUCCCAUUUGCUUUCUACGCACCGACCCGAACGCAACGCACCAUGUCCGGCAAACCUCCGUACAAAGUCGCUGAUCUCUCCUUGGCGGAAUGGGGUCGCAAGGAGAUCACCCUGGCGGAGAAUGAGAUGCCAGGGCUUAUGUCAAUUAGAAAAAAAUAUGGACCGUCCAAAAUAUUGAAGGGCGCACGGAUCGCCGGCUGUCUUCACAUGACCGUACAAACUGCAGUACUGAUCGAAACUCUAGUAGAACUUGGUGCAGAGGUGCAAUGGUCGUCCUGCAACAUAUUCAGCACGCAGGACCACGCGGCGGCAGCGAUAGCGAAAACUGAAGUCCCAGUGUACGCAUGGAAAGGCGAAACAGAGGAGGAGUACAUCUGGUGCAUUGAGCAGACCCUCGUGUUUCGGGACGGCAAGCCAUUCAACCUGAUCCUCGAUGACGGCGGCGACCUGACCAAUCUCGUGCAUACUAAAUAUCCACAGUAUCUCAAGGAAUGUCGCGGACUAUCUGAGGAGACCACCACCGGAGUGCACAAUCUCUACCGCAUGCUAAAGGAGGGUACGCUCAAAGUUCCGGCGAUUAACGUCAAUGAUUCCGUCACAAAGAGUAAAUUCGACAAUUUGUACGGAUGCAGGGAAUCAUUGAUAGAUGGUAUCAAGAGAGCGACUGAUAUCAUGAUCGCCGGUAAGGUGUGCGUGGUGGCCGGAUAUGGAGACGUAGGUAAGGGAUCCGCGCAAAGUCUCAGAGCUCUUGGAGGUCGCGUUAUCAUCACAGAGAUCGACCCCAUCAAUGCGCUUCAAGCGGCCAUGGAAGGAUACGAGGUAACAACGAUGGAAGAAGCGAGCACAAAGGGUCAGAUAUAUGUGACUACUACGGGAUGCAAGAACAUCAUUGUGGACCGGCACUUCAUGAAUAUGCCGAACGAUGCUAUCGUUUGCAACAUAGGACACUUUGAUUGUGAGAUAGAUGUCGCGUGGCUGGAAAAGAACGCCGAGAAGACCAAUAUAAAGCCCCAAGUAGAUAGAUACCGAUUAUCGAACGGCAGGCAUAUUAUUCUUCUCGCGGAGGGUCGUUUGGUGAAUUUGGGUUGCGCAAUGGGUCACCCGAGUUUCGUCAUGAGCAAUUCCUUUACGAAUCAAGUGCUCGCACAAAUCGAACUCUGGACACAAUCAGACAAGUAUUCGAUUGGCGUACAUAUGCUGCCUAAGAAGCUGGACGAAGAAGUCGCAGCGUUACACUUGAAUCACUUAGGUGUAAAAUUGACGACUCUCACGUCAGAACAGGCCAAAUAUUUGGACAUACCUGUGGAAGGACCUUACAAACCCGAUCAUUAUCGAUACUAGUCGUUACAACUUGAUCGUGAAAAUUUGCAAUACUUAACAUCACAGUUAUUGUUCUUACUGUAAUUACGAAAUUGUAAUUAUGUAAUUUUAUAUAACAUUUGAUUGAUGAAACAUUAAAAAUGUUCUCUUUUAUA